GGUGAGGCGGAGGCUGGAACCUUGUCUGGUCCCGCCCCCUCCUUCUGGGUCGAGGAGGACCCGCAGCGCGCCUCCUCGCAGCCACUGUGUUCCCGCGCGUCCUCGGAGUUCUCAGCUUUUCCGGCCCUGGACCCCGCAGCAUGACUGUCAAGAAGAUCGCGAUCUUCGGUGCCACCGGCAGGACCGGGCUCACCACACUGGCGCAGGCGGUGCAAGCAGGUUAUGAGGUGACGGUGCUGGUUCGAGACUCCAGCAGGCUGCCGUCAGAAGGACCCCAGCCAGCCCAUGUGGUGGUGGGAGAUGUUCGGCAGGCGGCCGAUGUGGACAAGACUGUGGCUGGGCAGGAAGCUGUCAUCGUGCUACUGGGCACUGGCAACGACCUCAGUCCCACUACAGUAAUGUCCGAGGGCACCCGGAACAUCGUGACAGCCAUGAAGGCACAUGGAGUGGACAAGGUCGUGGCCUGCACCUCGGCCUUCCUACUAUGGGACCCGACCAAGGUGCCCCCACGCCUGCAGGACGUGACCGAUGACCACAUCCGGAUGCAUAAGAUUCUGCAAGAGUCAGGGCUGAAAUACGUGGCAGUGAUGCCCCCACACAUAGGAGACCAACCACUAACUGGGGCCUACACAGUGACCCUGGAUGGACGAGGGCCCUCGAGGGUCAUAUCCAAGCAUGACCUGGGCCACUUCAUGCUACGGUGCCUCACCACCAAUGAGUAUGACGGACACACCACCUACCCCUCCCACCAGUAUGACUAGCACUCUGACCUAGGUGGGGAGGGUCAUGCAUCCUGAGAAAUGACACAAAUAGAGGGGUCAAUAAAUUUUUAGCCAAAAGCUUCAAAUUCUUUCAGGAAGCCUAA